AUCAACUCUCGAUAAAGCCAGAACAGAUCCUGAGACCCACGUUUCCCUUAUCUUUUUAAUAAAACAAAAAUGCUCUACUAGACAUCACCGUACGAGGAGAUGAACAAAGAGCGCAAGACUUGGCUGCUGUACCAGACACUGACCGCCGCGCUCUUCUUCGUCUUCUUCUUCUAUGCCUUCUUCUGUACCGUUCCAUUGGCCUCAAACCUCCACUCCACCGGUUUUCUCCCCGUUUCCCCCGAAAAUACUUUCCAAGAAAGCUCGAAUCCCUCCCCAGUGAAUGUUUACGUCUACCGUCUCCCGAGAAAAUUCACGUAUGGCGUCGUCGAGCACUUCUGGAGGGCACGUGGGUUUACCGACUCGGAAACCCGUGGGUACCCGAGUCACCAACAUUCCGCAGAAUGGUACUUGUUCCUAGACGUAACGACCCGAUCACACGAACUCUACUGGGCGGGGUCACCGGUCAUCCCGAUCUCGCAACCUGAAGAGGCGGAAUUUUUUUACGUCCCGUUCUUCUCUUCGUUGAGCUCGAUCGUGAACAAGAACCAGCUCCCCAGCAGUUCGGAUUGGAUCAAACAGUACGAUGACGGGAAGGCUCAGGAGGAGUUAGUGGCUUGGUUGGAGAAGCAGGAGUACUGGACGAGGAGCGAGGGGCGGGGCCACGUGUUGGUGUGCCAGAAUCCGAAAGCGCUGAACCGGGUGAGAGACCGAGUCAAGAACGCGGUGCUGCUGGUGUCGGGUUUUGGACAGGUCAGACGCGACCAAGGGUCGCCGUCCAAGGACGUGGUCGUGCCGUGCUCGCAUCGGAUUAGCACGUACGAUGGGGAUAUAGGCGUCGAGAAUCGGAGGUUGCUCUUGUUCGCGGGGAAUCCGUAUCACCACGGGGGAGCCAAAGUCCGAGACUUUCUUUUCCAAGCACUUGAAAAUGAAGAAGAUGUCAUAAUAGAACAUGGAGCAGCAUCGCAAGAAAAUCAGGUCUUAGCUUCAGAAAGGAUGCGCUCAUCAAAGUUCUGCUUAGAUAUUCCUCCUCCUGGUUCCUCGCCGGCAUCAUGCCGACUUUUUGAUGCUAUAUUUAGCAUGUGUAUCCCAGUAAUAGUGAAUGGCAGCAGUAUUGAAUUGCCUUUUGAAGAUGUCAUUGACUACAGAAAGAUUGCAUUAUUUGUACAAUCGACCUCUGCUGUGAAGCCAGCAUUUUUAGUUACAAUGCUGAGGAAUGUAACCAGGGACAGGAUUCUGGAGUACCAGCGGGAGCUGAAGUUGGUGAAGCGAUACUUUGACUAUAAAGAUCCAAAUGGAGCAGUGAAGGAGAUCUGGCAUCAAGUAUUGCAGAAACUCUCCCUGAUUAAACUGAUGAUGAUCAAUCAUGACAAUGACUUGCAAAUUAGAUGCAUGUGAUUAACUUCUCUAAUUUUCUCUCACUGCGACUUUGCAACAGCUCUUAAAAAAGACUUCCUUUUUAGGUCAAUGA